AAAGCUUGUCGUUUCGUCUACGACACAAGUUCGGUAUUCGUGCAACGCGGCGCUAAGUUUGUGUUCCACAUCGCAGUCAGUUCUGUGGUACGUUACAGAUAUAUAAUAAUGUUGAUAACGACUGUACAUUAGAAAUAGUGCAACUCGUGACGAUAUUUAUCGAGGAGGUGAAUUGAAUGAUUUCGAAUUCUUGGUAGUAGCGGUGAUAUACUGGUAAAAUUUUAGCGGUAUUUCGAUCGAUAUGCGCGGAUUUUGAAAAUUAUGAUAACAUCACUAAACAUGACGGAAUUCAAACGAAGUCCUAGCAAAGUAUGGUGGGGUAGCGAUUCGACGGAAUGGCGAGAAAGCCCCGGAAGCCAAGAUUCCGGAUUCUCGGACACCGAAACUUCCCCGAAUCUCCAACAACAACAAAACGCCAAAAUCAACUCAUCCACCCCCAAAAAGGAAACGCCCUCCCAAAGGAUCCCCAAGGAUAUAUUCAAACAAUUAACGACGGAAAACCAAAAACAGAAUCUGAGCUGUAAUUUCAAGGAAAAAACGACGCCCGAAAAGGACAAUUUGGCGAAACGUCUCGCGCACGCCGAAAACAAACCCGAAGAUACGGAGACCGACGCCGCGCGGAAGGCCGAUUACGUUAAAAACCCGCCUAAAGUUAGCAGAAAUUUAUUCAAUUCGAAUAAAACGAAAACGUGCGCUAAUCAGUAUUCCGACGAGGCGCCGGGGACAAACGCAUAUCUUAGUACCAGCCGAGAAGUGACAGUCGAUGAUAGUUACUCACACGAAUCGGACGAGGAAACCGAACGAUCCAUCGAUCGUACGACGAAAUCUUUGCCGUUGCGUUCGAUUUCCGAAAAUUUUCCGUCGGUCGAUUUGAGCAAAUCGGCUCCGGCGGUGCUCGAACCGUUUGGGGACGAUGACGGGGCUGCCGGUCGCGAUAAUUCUCUAUCGAGCGAUUGCGAAAGCGAAUUAGAAUGUUUGUUUGAGGGCCUCGAACCGCCCGAACACACCUCGACGCCCAACGGUGAUUUUCGCCGGAAUAUGCGACAAAGAAACGAAAAAUUGCCGAUUUUGAAAUGUCGACAGUAUAGGGUACCCCCAAUUCCCAGCGAGCCCUACACCGAAAUCGACAACAAAUCCGUGGCAAUGUGGCUGAAAGAAGCGAGACAGAACUACUACCAAGAAUGUAUGACGACCCUCCAAUGCAAAUCCAUAUUAGGGGAAUUGAAUCAAAAGGUAUCGCACCUGGCGGCGCGCGCCACCGCCGCCAUACGGGGCGUCAUCGCCCAUUCGCGGUACAUCGAAACCGAAUACAACAAUACGAACAAAAGCGAACCGAACAAUUCGAACUUUCUAAUCGAAAAUCUGGCGGCGAACAUAUCGGAUUUCGUAAAAACGCACGCGCAACGAAUAAACCCGAACGUGUCGAAACUGUGCGACGAAGUUCGAACUUCCAAAGGCGAAGUAGCUUCGAAAAUGGCGUCGGCGCUUUACACCCAUUGGCGAGGCGUGCGCCAACAAGUUUUAUCGAUCGAAAUAAAAAAAUUGAUCGACAAAUUGGAACGUCCCGCUUCCGAAUUGGAUCUCCGAGCCACUAUAACCGGAAUCACUUCGGUGGCGCUCCGAAACGAACAAAUCGUCGAAUUAUUCGUUAAAUUCGAUAUAGUGCCCGUUCUAUUGAUAUUGUGCGAAAAAUGCGAAGGUUCUUCCUUGAGGAUUUUGCUGUUGCGAGCUUUGAGCACGAUGUGUUGUACUUCGUCGGCGAUUAGACAUUUCGAAAAGUUUUCCGGCGUCCAAAUCAUCUCGGACACUUUGGACGAAGAUUCCCGACCGGAGCCCGAGCGAUCCGAAGCCGCGGCGCUGUUGGCGCAAGUCACGGCGCCGUGGCUCGAAGACAAUCAUUCGGUCAAAGGUUUGGAGGAUUAUUCCCGCAAAUUGGUAGGAUCUUUGACGAAAUUUGCGGCCGAGACUAAAUGUUGUCAGAAUCUUCUUUUGUGCGCCGCCGCUUUAGCCAAUUUGAGCACCAUGGAUUCGAAAUCGAUCAAGUAUAUGAUUCGCGACAACACCGCUAAAGUCCUUAUGGAAAGUAUUCGGGCGCGCGGUCCCGCCGCCUCUAUUUACCUUUUGGAACAAAUGGCGACGUUGUUGGCUAAUAUGUCGGCUUCGGAGAUGGCCAGGAAACGACUCGUCGAGAUAAAAGCUCCGGCGGCGUUGUUGUGUUUUUUGAAAAUGAAUUUAGUUGGAGAGGACGUGGAAAAAAGACUGCGACAGAAAAGCGUUAUAGCCCUUUCGAGGUUAUGCGGCGAGAGGGAUGCGGCUAUGCAAGUCGUCGAUUUAGGCGGUGUGGAAAAACUAGUCAAAAUGUGUAGGGAAAAAGAGGAGAGGUUCGAUAGCGACGCUGUUUUGGUUGCGGCUCUGGCAACACUUAGAAAGAUCGUCGAUACGUGCGGAAGUGACGUCUUAAGCAUACAAGAUGCUCAAGAGCUAGUCGAACCUAAACUACUUGAUUCGUUUUUAGCAUAUUCCUCUCAAAACGAAAGUUACGUCUGAUAUAUCAAAUUGAUCGACUUUUAAUUAAAAAUAGAACUAAAUCUUGUACAAUUUGAUGAACAUCCGUAAUUAAAUAGUUAUUCAUGUUUAAAUAUACUUUUUAUUUAACAAAAUUUAUUUUUAAAACGAGUGUUAAUAACCUGAUAAAUAAGUAGCCAUGUUGUCAUAUCGUUAAUAUUUUCUUAGAAUUUGAUUAAUUAUCAGACCUCAUACAUAAUGGAUACAAAUAUAUACAAAUAUUCUUGUCAUACGGAAAUGUAAAUUUCGCAGCAUAUAUACAUAAAUUUAGAAAAAAAAAAAACAAAAAUAAUUCAAAGGUGAUGUUAGUAAUAAUUAAUAUGGAGAACUAUGCUCUUUACAAACAUUUAUUUGGUAAAUAGACCAUAGUGUUAAUAUUAAACAUAAAGCGAGCUUGUUUAAGUUGGCUCUUUACUCGAUUCUGAUAGGAUCAAGUGGUGGGAAAGACAAAGAAGGAGAAUAAUAAGUUUUGUUUUUAAUAGCCAUUAAAAAGAGAUGGAGAAGCCUUCUUCUCUAUGUUUAAUAUUGACUCUACGGAAUACAGUCACAAGACAUUUUGAAUAUGUCUUGUCACUAUGUCAAUUUAAAACAAAUCAAUUUAAUGAAAUUUAUGAAAUCGAGACUUAAAUAAACAUUUUAAUUAUUUAAUUACGGUUUUAAGAUACUCACAAGUAUUUGUAAUAUUCGUAAUUAUGUUUUUUUACUUUUAUAGUAUGUUUUUUAUUUUAAUAUUUUAUGUUUGUUGAGUUUCAUUUUUUACGUAUAAAAUGAUUUGUUAAAAUACGUUAACAAUUUUUCUGUACCUAUUAUUUCUCGAAUGUUACCAAAUAUAAUUAUAACAGAUUGCAGAAUAGUCCAUUAAUGCAUUACAUAUAUAUAAUUAAGUGGCAAUUCGUUGUGAACGUAGGAUUAAAAAGUGUAAAUAAAAUAUGUACAAAAUAACUUAUGAAUAUUAAACUUUAAGACGUU